AUUAUCCUAAAGGCAAAAUCCUAUUCCCUGCUCCUGCCUUUUCAUUUUCAGUGAAGUCCUUUUGACCUCCAAUCUCUCUCUCUCUCCCUCUCUCUGUCUCACUAUGUAAAUUUCUUAGCUUAUCAUCGCUGGUUUCGCCUAUUUUCUGAUUUCAGAUACGUAAACUUUUUUGGUUUUCAAAAUCAAACAGACUCGCAGAGUUGAGGACCAGGAUCUAUAUCGCUGAAGCUGACCCCAAUUAGGUUGUUUAUCUUGCAAUGGAUGCUGCAACAAUGAAGUCACAACACCGCCCGUUUUCAAUUAAAUUAUGGCCACCUAGCCAAAACACAAGGCAAAUGCUUGUGACUCGUAUUACAGGAAAUCUCACUACUAAGUCAAUUUUCACCGAGAAGUAUGGCACUCUGAAUAAAGAGGAGGCUGAGGAGAAUGCAAAGAGAAUUGAAGAUGUUGCUUUUGUCACUGCAAACCAACAUUAUGAAAUGGAGCCAGAUGGUGAUGGAGGGUCUGCUGUGCAGCUAUAUGCAAAGGAGUGUAGUAAGCUAAUUUUGGAAGUUCUCAAAAGAGGUCCUGCGCAAAAGGAGGACAGAGAAGUCCUGGUAUCUGAAGAAGCUGCUGCAUACCAUAAUAAAGUUUUUGAUAUAUCUAAAGGCGCAAGAGCCUUUAUUGAUGCAACAGAGGCUGUGGAUAUACUUAGGCCAUUAAAGGAGCCAGGGAAUUCAUAUACUAAGAUAUGCUUCAGUAAUAGAAGCUUUGGUCUAGAAGCUGCCCGUGUUGCUCAGCCCAUUUUAGUUUCCAUAAAGGAUCAAUUGAAGGAAGUUGAUUUGUCGGAUUUUAUUGCUGGAAGACCAGAAGCAGAAGCUCUUGAUGUUAUGAAUAUAUUUUCUUCUGCUCUGGAAGGUAGCAUCCUGAAGUCCUUAGACCUCUCAAACAAUGCCUUGGGGGAGAAGGGUGUGAGGGCCUUUGGGGCACUACUUCAAUCACAAAGUUGCUUGGAGGAGCUUUAUCUAAUGAAUGAUGGCAUUUCAGAGGAAGCUGCACGAGCAGUUUGUGAAUUGAUUCCUUCCACAGAGAAGCUUAGGAUCCUUCAUUUCCAUAAUAAUAUGACAGGAGAUCCAGGGGCUCUUGCCAUUUCUGAGGUUCUGAAACGUUCUCCCUUACUGGAAGAUUUUCGAUGCUCUUCCACAAGAAUAGGCACAGCAGGAGGAAUUGCCUUGUCAGAAGCGCUCAAGACUUGCAUUCAUUUGAAGAAGCUAGACCUGCGAGACAAUAUGUUUGGUGCAGAAGCUGGAGUUGCUCUGGGUAAAGCUCUUUACAAGCAUGCUGGUCUGACUGAGGUUUAUUUAAGUUAUCUGAAUUUGGAAGAUGAGGGUGCUGUUGCCAUAGCAAAUUCUCUCAAGGAAACAGCUCCUGCGCUUGAAGUAUUGGAAAUGGCUGGAAAUGACGUAACAGUUGAAGCUGCUCCUACUGUGUCUGCUUGCAUAGCAGUGAAGCAGAAUCUGAGAAAGUUGAACUUGUCUGAAAAUGAGCUGAAGGAUGAAGGUGCUAUCCAGAUUAGCAAGGCCUUGGAAGAAGGCCAUCUUCAGUUGAAUGAAGUUGAUUUGAGCACCAACUCCAUAGGAAGGGUUGGGGCUCUGGUCUUGGCACAAGUUGUGGUGCAGAAGCCCAACUUUAAAUUGCUGAAUAUAAAUGAUAAUUGCAUCUCUGAUGAAGGCAUUGAUGAGGUGAAGGAAAUUUUUAAGAAAUUCCCGGGCAUGCUUGGGCCCUUGGAUGAGAAUAGUCCUGAAGGAUGUGAUGAUGAAGAAGAAUAUGGAGAGGAUCAGGAUGAUGGUGAUCAGCAUGACUUGGAAUCCAAACUGAAUAAACUUGAAGUUAAUGAAGAGGAUUAAAGGUUUUCUUAUUCUGGACAAGUUUCAUGGGGUUCUAUUCUAGUAGUAAUCCCGGGUAGAUAAUUAUGCAGGACAUGUUCACAGAAUUUUGGACCGACUGUUCUGUGCAAUCUUGGAAUGCUGAGCAGAGCAGUGGCUGUGAGCUGCAAUUGAAAUUAGUAGGAUCUUUCCAUCAUCUUUUUUUCAUUAGCCAUUUAUCUUGUUUUGGUUAGUGCUGCAACAAGAUUCUGUAGUAGGUUUUAAUAAUGCUAGUACUUCAUUUUCUUAAAAAAAAUUUAUAUUUUCAUAUAA